ACCAGUUGGUUAUGCAAUGCAGUAAUUUGUUGUUUGUCAACCACCAAUAAACUUCAAUAGAAGAAGACGACGACAUAUCUCGCGAGAGUUUGUGGUUGCUGUGGGGAGUACACCUCGCACAUAGCCAUCUCUGUCCAGUUUCACAUACGCUCGCUAAAAUGGCGACUGCUCCGGAUUACAGCUCCUACAGCCAGACCAGUGCUCAGCAGGGGUAUGCCUCAUAUGCUGCCCAGCCCUCACAGAGUUAUGGUCAGUCUGCACAGCAGAGCUAUGGUCAACAGAAUUAUGGAUCAUAUGCCCAACCUGCUGCUGACAGCAGUUAUACCCAGGCAGCACCUGCUGCUGCUGGGGCCUACCCUCAACAGCAGCAACAGUAUGGGUCCUCUUAUGGACAGCCAGCAUCAGCUGGUUACCCUACUGCCCAGUCUACCACUCAUAGCUACUCACAGUCAGCCCAGGCAUAUGGAACCAGUGGUUACGACAGUACUCCUGCUGCUGCUGCUGCUGCUGCUCCGGCUGCUUCCCAGUCCUACAGUUCUCAGCCAGGGUAUACUGCCCAGUCUGCCUACCCUGGUUAUGGCCAACAGGCUGCUCCCACUGCACCCCAGAGUUACAGUGCCAACAGCCAGCCGGCCAGUUACAGUCAAAGCAGCUACUCCCAGCCAGCAGGAUAUGGCCAGCAACAGCCUGGUUACCAGGCCCAGCAGGCAAGCUAUGGCCAGCAGCAGGGCUACCAGGCACAAACCCAGCAGCAGCAACAGGCUCCUCCUGCAUACCCUCCUCAGGGUGCUGGUUCCUAUGGGCAGCCUUCAGCCAGCCAGUAUGGUCAGCAAGGUGGACCACCCAGUUACAGCCAGUCCAACCAUUACAGUAAUUACAGACAGGAUGGCCAGGUUGGAGGUUCUGGUUACUCUGGCUCUGAGUCUGGAAGGUACCCAGGGGGAGGGGAUAGCAGGGGCCCUGGCAGGGAUGGCUUUGAUCGAGGUGGAAUGAUGCAUCGGGGUCGUGGAGGCAUGGGCCGUGGCAUGGGCGGCGCUGGAGACAGAGGUGGCUUCAGUAAGCCUGGUGGACCUAUGGCUGGCGACGAGCGUGAUGUGGGACGCCCUGAAGAGCAGGAUGACUCUGAGAAUAGUACAAUCUACAUCACCGGGUUGACUGAGAAGGCUAACCUGGAGGAAAUGGCUGAGUUCUUUAAACAUGUUGGCCCAAUUAGAAUGAACCGCAGACUUGGCCAGCCUGCCAUUAACAUAUACACAGACAAGGACACAGGAAAGCCCAAGGGUGAUGCAACCCUGUCCUACGAGGAGCCAAUCUGUGCUAAAGCAGCUGUGGAGCAUUUUGAUGGGAAGGAGUUCCAGGGCCGAAGGCUCAAGGUAUCCAUGGCACGCCGAAAGCCCAUGAUGGGUGGAAUGAGAGGUGGUAUGCCCAUGCGAGACGGCAUGAUGGGUCGUGGAGGCAUGAUGGGCCGUGGAGGAGACCGUGGUGGGUUCGGUCCACGAGGCGGUCCACGUGGUAUGGGCAGAGGUGGACCCACAGGAGGCAACAUGCAGCAGAGAGCUGGGGACUGGGAGUGUCCUAACCCUGGUUGCGGCAACCAGAACUUUGCUUGGAGAAUGGAAUGUAACCAGUGCAAAGCUCCUAAACCAGAAGGAUUAGGCGGUGGCCCUCCCUUUCCCUCUGGCGGUGACCGGGGCAGGGGUGGAAUGGGAAUGCGUGGAGGCAGAGGCAUGGACCGUGGCGGACCGGCGGGAGCUGGAGGCCCAGGUGGUCCUGGAGGUUUCCGUGGAGGCUGGGGAGGAGACCGUGGUGGAUUCAGAGGGCGUGGUGGAAUGGAUAGGGGAGGGUUCCGUGGGGCCGGCCGUGGAGGACCACCCAUGGACCGGAUGGGUGGCAGAGGUGGAAGAGGAAUGGGUCCACCGGGUGGUAAGAUGGAUAUGAGGGACCAUCGCCAGGAACGUAGAGACCGACCCUACUGAAAUGGAACAUAAAGACUGUUCCUUGUGGAAAUUCAUUUUUUAAGAUGAGAAUUUUUAAUUUAUGAUUCCAUAUUUCAAUGGUUAUAGAACUGCUUUCCAAACAUCCUGUGCAGUUUCAUUCAACUCAUUCAGCUUUCCUUUUUUCCAUUUUAGUGUACUCACAGUUUUGCUGCAUGUUGUAUUGUGCAUGUUUUUUUUAAUAUGCAGAUUAGUUUUGAUGUAUUAUAAAAUGUGACUUUCAUUUGUUAACCCCUAUUUUUUCCUUAAGUCAAUUGUAUGAUGACAGGUUUGGAAAAUAAAAUUUUACCAAUUUGA